UGGGCCCCAGUGAAUUACUUGGAGCCCUUCUGUUUCUUCUUCCUCCCUCCCUCACUGUAAAACCCUAGUUCCUGCACUGUAUCUUGGGGUUUAAUGUGAGUUUUGGGCAAGAGAUGGAGAAAGAGAGGGGAAUAAUGGAGGAAUCAACAGCAAAGAAGCGUAUGCCGUUUUUGCCAUGGAUGAGAAGACCAGUUGACAUUAGUGAAUUUCAAAAUUGCCCCAUUGAGCUCCUCCCUUGCCUUGACCCCAGGUUGAAGGUGGCAUUGCAGAACAUGGGUUUCUCAUCACUCUUUCCCGUACAAGUUGCUGUUUGGCAAGAAACGAUUGGACCUGGUGGUUUUGAGCGCGAUAUUUGCGUAAAUUCACCAACUGGAAGUGGGAAAACAUUAGCUUAUGCUUUGCCGCUUGUCCAAAUGUUAUCAACUUCUGCUGUUAGAUGUAUACGUGCUUUGGUUGUUUUGCCCACUCGUGAUUUAGCCAUACAGGUUAAAGACGUUUUUGCUGCAAUUGCACCUGCAGUAGGCUUAUCGGUUGGUUUGGCUGUAGGCCAAUCUUCAAUUGCUCUGGAAAUUUCUGGUCUUAUUAAAAGACCUAAGCUUGAGGCAGGCAUUUGUUAUGACCCAGAAGAUUUUGUGCAAGAGUUAGAGAGUGCUGUGGAUAUAUUGGUGGCGACUCCGGGACGGCUUAUGGAUCAUAUUAGCAGCACUAAGGGAUUUACACUUGAGCACCUACGGUAUCUUGUUGUCGAUGAAACAGAUCGCUUACUCAGGGAGGCAUACCAGUCUUGGCUUCCUAAUGUGCUGAAAAUGACUAGUUCUCAUGAUGAAAGUAUCAUUCCUCAUGUUAAUAGUUACCUUCCUCCUGUUUUUGGUUCUUUGAAAACCAUAAGGAGAUGUGGUGUUGAGAGGGGCUUUAAGGGCAAACCUUACCCUAGGCUUGUGAAGAUGGUUUUGUCUGCCACGUUAACACAAGAUCCAAGCAAACUCGCUCAACUUGAUCUGCAUCAUCCAUUGUUCUUGACAACUGGGCCUAGGCGUUAUAAACUUCCUGAAAAGUUGGAAUCCUAUAGAGUGAUUUGUGAGUCUAACCUGAAACCUCUUUACCUGGCUGCUCUUCUACAAAAUUUAGAAGGGGAGAAGUGCAUUGUUUUCACAUCAUCAGUGAAGUCAACUGAUUUGCUUUUCAACUUGCUCAAAUUUUUUGGUGAUCUAAAAGUCAAGAUCAAGAUGUAUACCGGUCAUCAACCUCAAUCCGUGAGAAGCAAGACAUUGAAGGCCUUCCGUGAAGGGGAGAUACAAGUACUUGUUUCCUCUGAUGCAAUGACUCGUGGAAUGGAUGUUGAAGGGGUGAAAAAUGUUAUAAACUAUGAUAGUCCUAAACACAUAAAGAGAUAUAUUCAUCGUGCUGGUCGAACAGCUAGAGCAGGCCAGACUGGCCGUUGUUUCACAUUGUUGCAUAGAGAAGAGGUAAAGCGUUUCAAGAAACUAUUACAGAAGGCUGACAAUAAUUCUUUUCCUGUUUACUCUGUCCCUUCCAGCUUGGUUGAGUCGCUUCACCCUAUUUAUAUGUCAGCACUGGAGAAACUGAAGGAGACUGUUGAAUCAAAAAAAUCUAGGAAGCGCAAAAUUCAUUUCAAAUCUUCAACGAUAGUCGGAGAAGAGGUGAAAAAAAAAAUAGCCGGGGAAUAAUUUAUCAAUUAAACAGCCUACUUUGUGUGAGACAUUGUUUUUGGAUAUAUACAGGUUCGUUCAGGCUUAUAUUUUACCAUAUAAGUUCGCUCUUACAAAGUUUAGGUGUACAAUUCUGUCUUUGUACCAUAUUUAGUUAUAUUUCAGCUCAACCUUUUCCCUAUGAUCAGAAAUUGUUAAUCUGUUCUCCAUAGGGAAAUUCUUGAUUUGUGCAAACACAUGGGGAAAAUCUGCCUGUCCUCUUUUGGAAUUUAUUGUGAUUUUGAGAUUACUAUAGUAUGUUGUAUAUUUUAGGUUUAAUAACGUUAUUUUUUAGUUGUAGAACUUCCUGAGACCAACUGUGUACAGAAAAUGUGCUCUAAAUACUAGCAAUGCCUAAAAUAACAAUGUC